GGCGACGCUCCGAAGAGAGUACGGCGGCUGGAAAUACGACCGUUUUUAACCGAGAAAAUAACCUCCUCUUCGCAUGUUACAAUGUGGUGGGGUUAGCCAGCGCCACCGCACGCAACAGCCUUUUAGACGAUGUUUGCAGAGGCCAGUCUGUCCAUCUGGGGAUGGGGAGUCGUGCUGUUCCUCGUCACAUUUGGACCCUUUGCCAUAUUCUACCUGGCCUUUUAUAUCUUCUGCUUCAUUGGCGGGGGCUUUGCGGUCACUUUGCUUUAUGGAAAGAUCAACUCCGAGAAACACCUGGAAAAGUGCGAGCAAUCUUACUUGACGCCCACACAAAUUGGUAUACUGAAGACGUUGGAUGAGAUGAAGCUGGAGAUUAGGCCUAUAAAGAUUGACAGGAGACUGACGGGCUCCAGUUUCAUAGAUGAACCACUACAACAGGUGAUCCAGUUUGCGCUUAGAGACUACAUCCAGUACUGGUACUACACUCUGAGCGAGGAUGAGUCCUUUUUAUUGGAGAUCAGACAAACGCUCCAGAAUGCCCUCGUCCAGUUCUCCACACGGUCCAAAGAGGUGGACUGGCAGCCUUACUUCACCACUCGCCUGGUGGACGACUUUGCCACCCAUUUACGUGUCUUUAGAAAAGCCCAGGAUCGCCUCGCCGACAGGGAGGACAAGCAAAGAGACAUAACAGAAGAGCUGGUGGACUCAUUCUUUGAGGCCGAGGUGGAGAUGGAAAGAAAGAUUUGUCGAGACGUAGUGUGCACCUCGCACAAAGACGAAGAAGGUUUUCUUCGGGACUUGUGUGAGCUGCUUCUUUAUCUGUUACUACCUCCUGGAGAUUUCCACAACAAGAAUAUGAGAUACUUCCUAAGGGAGGUGUUGGCGCGUGGUGUGUUACUUCCUCUGAUCAACCAGCUGAGCGACCCCGACUACAUCAAUCAGUUUGUCAUCUGGAUGAUUCGAGACUCCAGCUGUAAUUAUGAAGCCUUCAUGAACAUCCUGAAGCUAACAGACAAACCUCCUGAGCUGGAGGCCGUGAAAGACAAGGUGCUGGAGGAGCUGCAGUAUCUCCGCUCCCUGGACACAGCUGGAGAUGACAUCAACGUGAUUAAGAACCAGAUUAACAGUCUUCUGUUUGUGAAGAAGGUGUGUGAGACUAGGAUCCAGAGACUGCAGUCUGGCAAGGAGGUCGAUGCCUUGAAGCUGGCAGCCAACUUUGGCAAGCUGUGCGUUAUCCCGCUGGAUCACAUCCUCAUUCACAACAUAGCCCUGCAGUUCUUUAUGGACUUCAUGCAGGCAGCAGGGGCCCAGGCAGAACUGUUCUUCUGGCUCACUGUGGAGGGAUACAGAGUGACGGCACAGCAGCAGCUGGAGGCGAUGCUAGGCUGGCAGAAAGAUGGUGGCAAGAAGCAGCCCAGUGCCACCAAGGGGCUGCUGAAGGCUGCAGCACUCGGUGUCUAUGAACAAUACCUCUCUGAAAAGGCGUCUCCCAGGGUGCAGGUGGACGAGGAAUCAGUAACAAAACUUGGGGAGAAGCUACAGAAAGACGACCCCACACCGGAGAUAUUUGAUGAAAUUCAGAGAAAGGUAUAUGACAUGAUGUUACGCGAUGAGCGCUAUUACCCAUCCUUCAAGCAGAGUCCUCUCUACGUCCGCAUGCUAGCAGAGUUGGACAUGUUGAAAGAGCCGAGCUACCGAGGGUCUGAUGAUGGCGAUGGAGAAUCCUUCAAUGGCUCUCCCACAGGAAGCAUAAACCUAUCUUUGGACGACUUGUCCAACUCCUGCCAUGAUGAAACUAUGCACCUACAUGCCUUCAUCUCCGACACAGCUGAUACUUGUCUCACCGGCUUCUGGGGUGCUGCAGGGGUUUGCAAUGACCACGGUAAGACCUACGCGCUGUACGCCAUCACUGUGUUCAGACGCAACCAAGACGGCAGUGAGGACUGCUGGAAGACCUACCGCCGCUACUCGGACUUCCAUGACUUCCACAUGAGAAUCACUGAACAGUUUGAGAACCUGGCGUCGAUCCUCAAGCUUCCCGGGAAGAAGACCUUUAAUAACAUGGACAGAGAUUUCUUGGAGAAAAGAAAAAAAGACCUCAAUGCUUACCUACAGUUGCUGCUCAACCCAGAGAUGGUGAAGGCCUGCCCAACUCUGAUUCCCUACGUCUAUGACUUCCUAGAGAACAAGGCCUACAGCAAGGGCAAAGGAGAGUUUGCACGAAAGAUAGACACAUUUGUGAAUCCUCUGCGAAGCUCCAUGAGGAACGUGUCUAACGCAGUAAAAGCCCUGCCAGACAGUCUGGCUGAAGGCAUGAACAAGGUCUCUGACAACAUGGGCCGCAUGUCAGAAAGACUCGGUCAGGACAUCAAACAAUCCAUAUUCAAGGUGCCUCCACUCCUCCCCAAGUCUGAGAUCGACCCAGAACACUGUCGAGUCUCUGCCCAGCUGGAUGACAAUGUGGAUGACAAUAUCCCACUGCGGGUAAUGCUGCUGCUGAUGGACGAGGUGUUCGACCUUAAAGAGAAAAACCAGUGGCUGCGCAGGAACAUCAAGAACCUGCUACAGCAACUCAUCAGGGCCACAUACGGAGACACUAUCAACAGAAAAAUCGUGGAUCAUGUGGAUUAUAUGACGUCACCUGAACAGGUGGCAGACUAUGUCAAAAAGUUCAGGGAUUCCUACUGGCCCAAUGGUAUUCUAGCUGAGACCCCGCCCCGCCGGGACAAGAGCAUCCGCAUGAGGACACGAGUAGCUGCCAAGACGAGCCUGCUGGGGAUCAUGCCAGAUGAGCUAAAGCACAUCAUCGGAGCGGACACCACCAGAAAGGGCAUACUCCGCGUCUUCGACAUGUUCCAGUACCAACCCAUGAACCGUCGGCUAGUCUACGUUUUCCUGGAGGGCUUCCUGGAGACCAUGUUCCCUCAGUACAAAUUCCCAGAGCUCUUUGUCAAGCUGCACUCCCGUUCGCCGCGCAUCCACAGAUACAGCCAGAAACUCAAAUCCUCCUCCCUCAAGAGGUGACAGGAAAGGACGGAGGCGACAGGACACGGGCCGACUAGACACACAGAGACUUUGACAGCUAAGAGUGAGAGUGGGGGGGGGGCUCGAUGUGAACGCUGAGGUAUGUGUGUGAUUUCUGCCCUUCCUCUUCCUUCACACACUCCUGCCGGUGAAAACACUCCCAUCAUCCAGCUGAUUAUUUCUGUCAGGACAGAAGUGACAGAUGAACAACACACUCUGAUCUACUCUCACUCUGUGACACACACAAGCGCAGACACAAAUCCUAUCAUUUGCACCAAGACUGAACUUGGCAGUCUUUUCUUUUAGUUUAUAAAUUUCUCCCACCCUCCCUCCCCCUCCUCCUUUUUUUGAACUUUUUAGUUGUGUUUAGCUUUAUCCUGGGCCAGCCAAUGCUGCUUUCUUAUGGUCCAGAGAGCAGACCACAAAUACUGUAUUGUUUUUAAACUGCAGGACUAGAUAGCAUAGACCCACACCUUGCCUUACCUUCCUUCCCGCUUCUGUCUUUGGGCCGGCACAGUCGUCCAUGUCAGCGGACUGGCCUCACAGCUGUAAUCAGACUCACCCUCAUGCUGUAGACAUUCAACCUGCAAAAAGCACUUGUUACAUUGCAAAUUCUGUUUCUGUUUUCAUAGCAACCAAAAAUGUCAAUAGCACUGGGUUUAAGAGGCGCUGUUUUUAAAAUGUGACUGAACAAGUAUGGGUCGAGUUUUGUUUUUUAUUGUCAGCUUUUCUUCCCCCCCUCUGGAGUCUAAACACUUGUGCUGAGAUUUAUGUUUUUUCCUCUGUCUAAAGUGUUAACGUCAUCUGUACCACCCUCCAAGAACAGGCCACCUCCCCUUUAAUGCUACUGUCAUAACCUGUGAUGACCAAAGCUCAUGCUGUUCAUACAUGUGCGUGUGUGUGUGUGUUCUGGUUUUGACGUUGGGAUACUCUAGAACAUUACUGUGCUUCAUAUCGCCGAUCAUGUGAAGAAAGACGACGCAGUGUUGACCUUUAAUGAUCUAAAAGGUGAGGCUGCGGCGACACACUUGAGGUGUGUUACUAUCGAAGAAUGUACUCUCUGGUCUGUUCUGUAUUUGGCUCGUGUAGACUUUUGUGCGAAUGGGUGUGUGUUUGUGUGUGUGUGUGUGUGUGUAGCGUGGAGAUGCAAACCUCUUCAGUCAGAAACUGUGCCAGUGUGAGCUAGUGAACCAGCCUUAAAUCUAUAUACAGUAUAUACUGACCAAGAGACGCACGCUAGCGGUAGCUCUCCUCCACACGACUGAACAUUACAAUGAAAUCAAGAUAGAGAUAUGGAGAUAUAUCCCUAAUCACUUUUAUCCUGAGAAAACGUCUUUAAUUUGGUGCAAUAUCUAUUUUUUUUUUUUAUUGCAUGUGCAUUUUGAAUCAUUGUGUACUGCAAAUAGUAAUUCAUAUUGUUUUAAUAGUAGAACACACGAGAGAAGUUUCCCCAGAAAUGUCUCCAUACCCCAACAACUUAACAUUCCGUUGUUGUAAAAGUACAAUGUUUAUUUAACAGACUUGUUUUAUAAGUCUGAGUUUUGUUGUAUUUUUAUUUUUUUCCUCAGUGUGCGGGGUGGUAUUUUCCACGUAUCCCCCGCCCACUCUUGCAGAAUCUGUGUUUCGAUUCGGCAGUGUUAGAGGAGGGGUUGCGGUUUUUCCUGCGUCAGCUAGCUCAGAGGCGGCCCCCGAACAACUGCUUCUUUUUAAACUCAUAAGCGGCGUUUUAUGCAUUCAAGCCUGUUGUAUCGAGUGUGACGAGAUCUUCGUCAUUACGAACUUUGUGCUGGAAGACGCCCCGCCCUCGCACCACCCGCCCCUCCAGCAGGUUCACAGAAGAGCUGUGACCAAUGGAAUCACUGCUAACUAGCACUUACCGUAGCAACUGUGGGAGCCCCUCUCCCGUUGGCUGAACGGAGCCCCAUUCUGCUGCAGUCAUUGGAUGGAAACUCCCUCGUCUGCUGUGAUUUGCUUGCACUGAGCAGCCCUGGUGGACUCCGAUUGGCUGAGUUAGGAGGACAUGGACUGGAGCCUCUCUUAUUGGGAGGUGAAUAUUUUGUCCCCCAGCGAUGGAGGAGGAGAUGUCACCUUUAACCUUCUGCACACCUCUCCAUACAGGAAGGCUUGUCUUUUUUUAACCCCAGUAUAUAUGAAUCUAUGAUAAUGAAAAUUGUGCAUAUCUGUGUACAGUAUGUGUUAAUAGUGUGCCUAAAUGUACUGUCAACUCUAUUUUCAUAUUUUUCUUUAACCUAAAAACAAAACAAAAAAAUCAAUCAGAAUGUCAUGAUCAUUUUACGCGACUGAAAAUGACUUUAGGGUGUUUUUUUGCAUCAUGCUUAUCAAACUUUUCCUUGUGAGCAGUUGUGCUCAGAUCAGUAUAACACUAAUAAAAGGUAACUCAGACUAACUGA